UAGCUUCCACCAGAUAUUUGCAUGUGCAAGUUGUUGAUCCACGGCUCCGGGGACGUUACUCAGGGGAAGAAUUAAAUGUGCGUGAAUCCUGAGAGGAUCAAAGUAUUAAUCGACUAGCUGAAGAGAAUUUCCCAGCCGAAUUGUUCGAGGAAAAGCAUAGAGAAAAAUGUUUUCCGCAAGACGUUUAAUUCCAUCGAUGAACAGAGAGGUUAGGCGUCAGUUUAAAAAAUCUCUAACCUCAAAACCAGCUGCGGCCGUAGAAUUAAGCGAGCCGAAGAAAGACAACAAAGACAUACUCGUCGAGCGAAUGGGCGAGAUAACAAAGAUCGGCAUAAAUCGUCCUGAGCAAAAGAACAGCCUGAAUCGAAUAGCGGCCCAAAAUCUUUCGGAGGCUAUCGAAGAAUUUGAGCAAGACGAAUCCGCCCUUGUAGCCGUUAUCCACGGUAUUGGAGGAAAUUUUUGCGCCGGCUACGACCUCAAGGAAAUAUCCGAAUACGACGGAGAGUCGGAAGACACCUUGCCACAGUUCGGGCCUUUGGCGAACCGAAUGACUCUGACAAAAAAGCCGAUGGUGGCCGCCCUGAGCGGUUACACGAUUGGAGUCGGUCUCGAGUUGGCUCUUCUCUGCGAUUUAAGGGUGGUCGAGGAGCCCGCUGUAAUCGGUUUUCAUAAUCGGAGAUUCGGCGUUCCGAUCCUCGGUGGUGGUACCGUCCGUCUGCCGGCCCUGAUCGGACACUCCAGGGCGAUGGACAUGAUCCUGACGGGGCGAGGACUCACCGCCGCAGAAGCCUUCUCGUGGGGAUUGGCGAACAGACUUGUGGCGUGCGGCACGUCCCUAGGACAGGCCUUCAACCUGGCCCAGAGUCUGCUCAAGUUCCCCCAGCGCACGAUGCUCGCCGAUCGAGCCUCCGCUCACAACGCGUCGUUCUCUUCGCAUAGCUUUGAGGAGGCGUUGCAGUACGAGAAGGAUCAUUCGUCGCAUCUUUUAUUGGAAGAAGGCGCCGCUGGUGCGAAGAAAUUUUGCCAGGGUCUCGGGAGACACGGAAAAUUCUAUCACUUACGACCCAUCGAUAGAACCAAGACCGACGAGAUUAAUAACGAUCUUUUAUAGUUGUGAUCACUUGAUAUUUCAUCCUAUAGCGAUUAUACUUA